AUGUACCAGCCCCUUCUACGCCAUUCGAGACUCCGGAACCCGUUGAUGAUGCUCACACAAGGGCGCUUCUUGCAGGCUGCGAACAUCCAUCGCGCAGGCCUCGGGGUUUUUACGGAGAAGGAGGGCGACGGCAAAGAGAAGCUGUUUAUUGAAGCGGUGUUGAAGGACGGGAAGUACUGGCGCUACAAGCCGCGAAGGGGUGAUACAACGGGGGGUGGGUGUGCUGGAAAACUCCUUCGCCGAGAAGGAUCUGAGCGAAACGGCGUCAGUUUCGGGGGAUGCAAGCCAGAGGACGCGACACCGUGCGGGAACCCAGAGAGCUACGAGAGACGGGUCAAUAUCGCGAAAGCCCUGAACUAG